AUGACCGGCCUCGCACAACCUCAUCACGAGUCUUCCGGUGCUUCACGACAACCAAACCCGACAAGCCAAUUCCAGAGAAAAGCCGUCAAGAUGGUCAAGAAGAGGGCGAACAACGGUCGUAACAAGAACGGCCGCGGCCACACCAAGCCCGUGCGCUGCUCCAACUGCGCUCGCUGCGUCCCCAAGGACAAGGCCAUCAAGAGAUUCACUAUCCGCAACAUGGUUGAGUCCGCUGCCAUCCGUGAUAUCUCUGACGCCUCCGUCUUCACCGACUAUGCCGUCCCCAAGAUGUACCUCAAGCUGCAGUACUGCGUCUCCUGCGCUAUCCACGGCAAGAUUGUUCGUGUCCGUUCCCGGGAAGGUCGUCGCAACCGUGCCCCCCCUCCUCGCAUCAGGUACAACAAGGACGGCAAGAAGCUGAGCCCCCCUCAGGCCGCUAAGGCUAUGUAAGGAAGGGAAACAGAAGAGAAAAAUGGAUUAGUUUAAAAGGCUUGUUUCUUUUCUUGUUUCUUUACUGAACAGACUUUCUUACUCGGUUCAAAUGGAAUGAAUGGGUUUCAGUUUUGGGGUCGAAGGCUUGCAUUACGGGUCGCCCGUGGGCAGGAGACGCAAAUAAAACAAAACAAAAUCUAAACAUUUACUGUUCACAAAAGGUAAACGAAUAUAGCCCAGUGGAGACGGGAACCCGAUGCACCAAAUGGAUCGGCCAGGGGCUUUCAAGAUUCCAUUGUAUUUCGACAUUCUGACUUGGUGACGAAAGGGAAUCCAAGCUCGCAUAACGACUGAAAGAGAAAAUGACAAGAUACUCCAAA